UGAGGAACGGCAUGCAGAUUUCUCUGCCAACAGCGAGGACAGCCAUUGUUGCAAUGGCUGUCCUAUAUAACAUCCGACACGAGUUUGGUGACACCAACGUAUAUGGUAGAAUUAUUUUCAGUAUAUUGGAAGUAUAUACAAUAGAAAUAUUGUUCGUAUAUGUAAUAGGAAUCAUUUUUCAGAUCCAGAAGACGAUGAGGGGGCGGAGCAGCCGGCGGAAGAGGAUGUCAGCCCAACUACGGAAGAACCUACAUCUACAUCUAGAUCUACAUUGGUUGCUGGCAGUCUCUUCCGUCAGCAGUUUGUGCAGCAUAAUAGUGGUCUUAAAAGAAGGAUCCAAUGGAAUUAGAUGAGUGAGAACGAG